GGGAAGUCGGCGGACUGUGUGCCUGCGCCGCGGAUAGGUGCGUGCCCCCAGUGUCCGCUCCGGUCGCCCAGCUAGGAAUGCGCCUCCCUAAGCUGCUGUACGGCGUUCUAGUUGACAAAGUGACCGAGGACACUGCGGCGUGAAAAGGGUCAGGGCUUUGGGUUGUAUGGCAUUAGAAUCGCAGCAAUAGGCUACACGUUUGAUUCAUUGAGCUAGUUGACGUUAGCCAUCUCCGUUGAUUCAUAGCACGCUAGGUCCCUUAGCAUACCCGCUAGCCGGCUAGCUAGGGUACAAGUGUGCUAGUUUCCAGGGUGUCGCCGGCCGAUCCAGAAGAGACAGACAGCAAAGCUGACUGCACAAACUCGCCGACAUUUCGUAAAGAGGAAGCGGGCGGCAGGUAGGCAAGGGGGUCGGGAGAACGCGACGGUGGGAAGCGUGUCAGGAGCAGCUGAUGAGUUCAGACCAGAGCGGAGAGCCGCCGCUGCUGCAGGAGGAGGCUGAUCCCGGACCGAAGACCGGUGGGAAGGACGAGGCUGCGCUGAGGAACGAGGGAGGGUCAGGCGGCAUGGUCACAUCUAAGGGUACCGGUCUCAACCCCAAUGCCAAAGUUUGGCAGGAGAUGCCCAUAACCCCCAGCGAGGCUGUGCCAAACAGUCCCCAUUGGCCCCCCUCGGACCUCAGUGAGGAGUACUUGGAGCCUCCAUGCGCAGGCUGCAGGCCGUACACCGUGGGAUUCACAGGCCUGGAUAGCAGCAGCUCCACAGCAACAGCUGAGAUAGCAGUCAAUGGAAUGGACCUUCCAGAAUUGGGCUAUUCCCCUGCAGAGUCCACCAUUGGGACCUCAGAGUCCAAAACUGAAGAUCAGCCAGUCUCAUCUGAGAACAUACGCGAGUCUCUAAAGAAAGAGCUGGAGUUUUACUUCUCAAGAGAGAACCUCUCCAAGGACCUGUACCUGAUGUCUCAGAUGGACAGUGACCAGUUUGUUCCCAUUUGGACUAUUGCCAGCAUGGAGGGCAUCAAGGUCCUCACAAGUGACAUGGAACUCAUCUUGGAUGUCUUAAGAUCGUCACCCAUGGUACAAGUGGAUGAGAAAGGGGAGAGAGUGCGCCCCAACCACAAGCGAUGUAUUAUCAUACUGCGGGAGGUCCCCGAAACGACACCCGUGGAGGAAGUGGAGUCACUGUUCAAAAACGACAACUGUCCCAAGGUGAUAAGCGUUGAGUUUGCCCACAACAACAAUUGGUACGUUACAUUCCAGUCCGACACUGAUGCUCAGCAGGCCUAUGAAUACUUGCGAGAGGAAGUAAAAACAUUUCAGGGAAAACCCAUAAUGGCCAGGAUAAAGGCCAUCAACACAUUCUUUGCAAAGAAUGGCUAUCGUAGCAUGGACAGCAGUCUGUACUCUCAGCAGUCUCAGAGCCAUUCCCAGUACACUUCCCCCCUGUUCAUGCAGCACGUCUACCCGCAGCAGCAGUACCCGGUCUACGGCAUUGUGCCUCCCACUUGGACACCCUCGCCAACGCCAUACUUUGAAACUCCUUUGGCACCUUUUCCCAAUGGUAGCUUUGUGAAUGGAUUUGGCUCUGGACACUAUAAAACUGGCUCAGCUUCUCUUAAUAUCGCUCGGCCUUUCCACAGAAAUCGUGUCCCCCUCUAUUCAAGAAAGAAUGUAAUAAAUGCCUUCAGAAACCACGUGAAGCCCCAGGUGAGGACCAAUGAGUUGACAUCGUCUAUAACUACCAUGCCCUUGGAAAGUCUGACAGGACUGCGCAGUCCACAGCCCCCUCUCCCCGGCCCCGCCAUCUCCAACCAAGCCCAGACAGCCUCUGACCUGAGCUCUAUGUUCUCACAUCUCUCUUCCUCGUCCUCGUCCUUGGACCCAAAUGAUGACAGUAGCAUUGCUGCACGUGGACGACGGACCACCACUUACAGAGGAACACGGAGGAGGCGAGAUGAUGACCGCACCAUGAGGGGAACGCUGGCAGAAGCUAAAGUGUCACCACCCAAGUUUGACUUGGCUGCCACCAACUUCCCUCCUCUUCCUGGCUGUGUGAUCAGCACUCAAGGAGAGCCAGUCCUCGAGAACAGAAUGUCAGAUGUUGUUCGUGGCUUGUAUCGGGACAAGAUUGAACCGAUAAAUAAAGAAACAACUCCAAGUCCAAGCCAGUCUGCGGUCACCGAGGACGGUUUGACAGGCUCAAGUCCCACCCGGACUUGUGCGAAAUCUGUCACACAAGCACUUGCACCAUUGGCCCCCAGUGGGGCCUGUCAGGAGAAGAGGGUUGAGCGGCUGGAGCUCAGUGUUCCAAAAGCCACCCAAAGCACACCUGUUCAAGCUACAGCCAGGCCCCCCUCCACACAAGCCGUGCCUAGUGCCAGGCCUCAAGCAUCUACUGCCUCCACCCUGGCGAAGCCCAGCACGGCAACACCCGCUCCUGUCGCCGUUCCCGCCCUGACACAGGAGCCCCGUAAGCUCAGCUAUGCCGAGGUGUGCCAACGGCCUCCCAAAGAACCCCUGCAGGCAGCCCCCCCAUCCGUAUCCCCCAGCAGCUCCGCGUCAGGCCAGCCUUUGCGUGAGCUGCGUGUGAACAAGGCGGAGGAGCCGGGCUCCAGCGGCGCUCCUGGCGACAAGCACGAGAGAAGCCAUGGCAGGGAUGCAGGACGGGAGUGCAAAGACAGCCGGCACACACGUGACCGGGACUCUAAAGCCCACUACCGCAGUAAUGGCCCCAGAGGCACGGGGGGGCUCAAGUUCCGUGACCAGAGGCGGCCACCUCUACCACGACGGCACUCUCCGCAGGGAGCCUACAGGCACACUGGCAAAGAGCAGAAUAUUCCACCAGUGUCGCCCAAGUAGAGACAAAAAAAACUUUAUGACUAGAAAAAAGAUCUAUGAAAAUAUACAUGGAUAUAUAUGUAUAAUUAUAUCGAAAAGAAUAAGAUAAAAGCAACAAUGUUAUGGUAGCUACCUUCCCCUGGAACUUGUCCACAGAAAAGCUUUUAACAUGGCGCUAAGAACAGGACACCCAGGACCUCCAGGCAAACGGUACCUGAACUUACAGGAGUGAUUUGAACGGAAAUAUGACUCGUACUUGGCCUUUAGCGGUAAGUGUGAUUAAUGGAGGUCAUUUAUGCUCUGCUUGGGAGAGGUAGGUUGCUGAUUUAUCCGUUUUGAUUUGAAGAAUAAGAUGUUGGGUCUAAGAAGAAUAUGCACUAAAACAUGCAUAUGUCAUGUACAUAUACAAAGAUAUCACUAACACACAGCGAGGUGUACUGUCCCUUGUGUGCUUAGGUCUGCAAGUAUGACUGAAGGUUGACUGUUUAUGCAUUGAUUGUUUUGUGCUACAUUGUGCUGCUGCACUGAUUUAAUGAAAUGGAGUCCGAGGUGGCGAGUCGCAGUUCUGGUAACGGAGGCUGUGCUCUUCCAAUAUAACUCAAUGACGUGUUCUGCGCUAGUAUUCCUGAUGUGGGUUUAAAAUUGUGAUGGUCAGACACCAGAAAGUGAUGCACCUUUGUUUCAAGAUGAAACCCACCUUUGGGUGUACCCUUGUCGCAUUGGGCCGGUGUGGAUCUGCAAGCCUGGUCCAGAGUUUUCAUGCUCAUCCUAAUGAUGAUCCGGAUGAGUUGAGAACGUCAACGAUCAGUCAGGAUCUCUGUUUACAUGUUUGUUUAGUGUAGCAGGGAAGCAGAGUUAAGUGACUGUUGCGUGCACUUGAUAUUCCCAGGUGAGUCACAGGAUAUCCAGGUAAUGCUUCAAUCUGUGAACUGCAGCACCGUGUUCAGAUGGGACACUGGUGCUGCCAAAGGAUGAUGGCGGCGCUGUGUUUGGCAGCCAAAUCAUGGAUGUCCAAUAAUUGCCAUUCUUUGCUUGUGCUGCACGCCAGCUGCCUGCGACGAUGUGUGCUAAAUGAUGGACUUUGAGAAGAGCGUAGAGGUGUAGUUGGCUGUGCUGUUGACUAGCUGUUGACUAGAUGCGUCUGUGGGAGCUUUCAGUUGCUAGUAUGGAAUCCACGGUGGCAGGCUUUGGACGGCUUGUUUGUGCUUUUAGGGUGAGUUUGCAUUUUUCUUUAAAAAAAUGGUUAACUUUAGAAUGUUGAGGUUUGUCUCACUGUAAUACUUUUUAAAUAUUUAUUUUAAUUUUCUCCCAAUUUUGAUAGGCUGGUUUCCCCUCCCGGUCGUGCGAAGUUGCGUUGGCAAUGAAUCAAAUCAUGCCUGGCAUUUGGAAACUGUUAAUGUCAGCCGAGACAAAAUACUUUGCGUUGAAUUUGGGGAUGGGAAAGGCAAUAAGAGUAACUGAUCACUGGCGUCCUUAUUUUGCUUUCAUGAAUGGCUUUUCAGCAGAUCGAGAUUUUGUUUAAUUAAAUAAAUGCACUAACUUAAAGAUGAUUUUUCUCAAUGUGUGAAAUCAUUUUUAAAUGCAUGGUUGACGGGUUUCAUACACUUGCAGAAAUGAACCCCCCCCCAGCCCCUAUUACACACACACACACACACACUCGGGCGCCCUUACGUUUGGCUUAUUUAGUUCAUUUGAUUUGGGGUUGUCAAAGGAAAGGAAAUAGUUAAUUGAUCAAACGAGUGUUUGACAUACAAUCCUACAACUGUAACAAUUGUCACCAAAAAAUAAAUUAUUUUGAUUUGGCUUUCUUGUCUU